UGUUAUUCAGUUCAAUCAAUUGUUGGACCGUAUUGUUAAGAUGAAGAAUCAUUAUGUAUCUGCUAUUUCCCUUUUUAGAGAUAUGUGUGUCAAGGGCAUUCCUGCUUAUGAGGCCACCCUCAAUGUUGUGAUUAAUUGUUACUGCCUCUUGGGUCGAGUGGAUUUGGGGUUUCCUGUGUUGGCUGCUUUCAUGAAGCGUGGUCUUGUUGCUGAUGUAGUCACCUUUAGUACUCUACUCAAAGGACUCUUUCGAGAACAUAGGGUCCCCCAGGGACAAGAAUUGUUUAAGAAGAUAAUAUUCGAAAAACUUUGCAAGCCCGAUGAAGUUAUGUUUCUGAUUGUGAUAGAUGGACUCUGUAAGGUGGGGAACAUUCAAAUGGCCAUUGAAUUCCUAAGAGUCAUGGAAAAAAGAACAUGUAAGCCCCAUGUUAAAGUGUACAAUACCAUCAUUGACGGCUUUUGCAAAGAUAAAAUGGUCGACGAAGCUCUUGCCCUUUUGCAGGAGAUGAUUGAAAAGGGCAUUCCCCCAAAUGUUGUCACUUACAGUUGUUUGAUUCAAGGUCUGUGCAACUUAAGCAGAUGGGAGGAUGUUAGCAAGAUCUUUUCUGAGAUGAAGGUUUAUAAAAUUAUUCCAAAUGUUAUUACUUUCACUAUAGUGGUGGAUGCACUGUGUAAGGAAGGGCAUAUAGAAGAUGCUGAAGAUGUAGUCCAGAUCUUGAUCCAGCAAGGUCAAAAUCCCAAUCUGGUCACAUACUGUUCCUUAAUGGAUGGGUACUGUUUACAGAGGCGAAUAGAUGACGCAAGGAGAGUUUUCAAUACCAUGGUUGCUAGCGGCCUUACACCUGAUCUCCAUAGCUAUGGUAUUCUGAUAAAUGCCUAUUUCAAGACCAAGAAAGCGGAAGCAGCCAUGAAUCUCUUUCGAGAGAUUCAGCAUAAAGGUUUAACACCUAAUAUUGUUGUUUAUACCACUGUCUUGCAGGGGUUAUUUAGUUCAGGAAGGUAUCUUAGUGCACUAGAAAUUUUCAACGAGAUGCAAGCUUCUGGCAUGAAGCCUGAUUUUCAUACUUACUGUGUGGUGUUGGAUGGAUUAUGCAAGACUGGACAUGUCGACGAAGCAUUGCAGUUAUUCCAUGCAAUGGAAGCUGAUGGAACAAAUAUUCACAUUGGAAUGUACAAUAUCAUGCUUGAUGGGUUGUGCAAAAGCAGGAGGCUCAAUAGUGCUCGAGAACUUUUCAACAAUCUCUCCCUUAAAGGAUUGGAUCCUGAUGUUAGAACAUACAGCACCAUGAUUGCUGGUCUGCUUUCAGAAGGUCUGCUCAUCGAAGCCAAAGAGCUUGUUAAAAAGAUGGAGGGGAAGGGUUGCCUGCCAAAUGAUUUUACAUACAAUAUUAUACUGCGAGGACUCCUUAAGGGAGGUCAUUAUGAUGAUGCGAUGGUCUAUUAUGAAGAAAUGGUUCAUAGAGGAUUCUUGCUGGAUGCAUCUACUUUUUCCAUUUUACUUGAUUCAUCUGUUGAAAAUCAGAACAAUUCUUCUCUAUUAAUGUUGAUGCUGAAGCUUGAUCCUGAUUGCAAGAAGCUUAUGGAUGGGGGACAAAGAGGACCUUCACAUUAGUUGCAACAUGUUGGUCCUGCUAUUUAUUUUGGCCCCUGAACUUUAAUUUGCAGGAACUAACAUUACUUGGGUUUGAAUUGGAUCCUGUUGUCACUUAUCAUCUUUGAUGCAACUGAGCCUUAAAGGAGAUCUCUUGGUCAUAUUUUGUGAAACACCUCCACGGUCUUUAGUUUGGUGGAGAAGCCGCAUUACUUAGGGAAGUUCAAUUGACAAGUGUGGCAGAUCAAAGAAAUCUGCUGCCGUUAAUUGGAUUUGUACCACUUCUUCUAAAAGACUUCUUGUUGAUCUUUCCAUGGAGAACCUCAGUGUGGCAUAUCACUUAAAUGGCGAGCAGUGGAAUUUGUAUCGCAGACUGAAGAUUUGACGUCAGCUCAGACUUGAUAGAGACAGUUUACUAGGUAUUGAAACAUAUGGAAAUAGUUAUGAUGAAUUUUAUAUGAAAGGAAUUGGCUGAAGUGAUCAAGACUAAUUUUUUACAUCAGGGAAGAUUUUUUAACUUCAAACCACGUCUUAGAUAACGUUAGUUUAAAUUGAAUUGUGAGAAAAUUAAGGGAAAGUCUUAAUUUUAUUUUAUUUUAUUUCUCGGUGACAAACAUUGAAUGACAAGUCUUGCAUUGAAUUUUUAUGCAAGAGAUCUGUUUUACAACGGUUCAAAAUCAUCCAAAUUAACUGUCCUACGGACAACUUAAUUAUCUUUUCUAACAGCUUUAGAGGAGGAUCCCCAAUUUUGUGCAACAACAUCCAAAUUGUUAGACCGAAAAACUAAUCUUGUUUCUGGAUGCAGGAAAAAAGUUUGUGAUAAAAGCUUUCUGUUAAUGGGAUUUUUUGUAGUAGCAUCUAUUUUGUGUAGCUGGUUCAGUUUGUGAAGAAUUUCAUCACAAUAUUCAUUCCUACAGUAUGCAGUAAAUUUGAAUUAUUUACUGGAAAGAUACUCACCAUAGAAUGGAAAUAGUGAAUGUGUAUCUUGAAUACCAGUAACCAUGUUUUGUUUGUCAUAAAAUUCUUUGACAAGGUAUUAUUGGUCACUGAGGUGGAAUUGGGAGAUAUUCAUUGAUUUUGCUAGUUAUGACUGGGCAUGAUCUGCAGUGAUAUGAAUGACCUUUCAGUAAUUGUAUAGUAUCUAUUUGUGCCUGUGAUAAACCUUAAACCUGGAGAAAAAGGCCUGGACUGACCUAGUAGAAAAGAAUUUCUUUUGAUACAGCGCAUGGCCUGGAGUACCUGCAUGAGCAUUGCAAUGGUAUAAUUGUUCACCCUGAUUUAAAGCCUCGAAACGUCCAUCUGGAUGAUAACUUGGAAGCUUUCUUCGGUGGAUACAAAAUUAUCAGAUUGCAACUUAAAUCCAGGGAACUGUGGGACACAUUGCCCUUGAAUAGUUGUAUGUUCCUGCUGUGGUCUUAUCGGUGCAUUAAUGAAAUGGCAGAUGUUUAUGUCUACUGGGGCUGCUGCAAUUUUUUCUGUACACCAUAGAGCCUUCAUGGCACCCACCGAGUUGCAUCUGAAGGAAACCCCAAUCUUGAUGAACUUCGGUCUAACGUCCAAUCCAAAGCCAGCUUUAAGUUGAAAGACAUUGGUCCUGAGAUACUGGUCCAAACCAUUUGUGAAUUGGAUUGUGGUUAGUCGUUGGACCAAGUUCAUCUAAAUCUGAGCUGGAAUGGAUAUGCAUUGCUUUUUUGAAGAAAUUCGUGCAUUUCUGCUCGUAAGUAUGUGUCCGCUAGUUGAAACUAAGUUGUUGAAUGAUUGCUUGUCCAGGACAUUUGCAUAUCUGUUGUUUAUCUUUCACAAUUCUACUUGAUUCUUCUUUCGUUUAGUACUGCCGUCAGUUAAUGUUUGUCUUUGACCAUGGAAAGGCAGAGUUUGUGUGUGAUUGUGAUGACUGAUAUUCAUCCUGCAAGUUUGGGGUGUUUUCUUUUUUUUUUU